AUGUCUGUGGACGAGGAGUGUGCGUCCUGUUACUGUCUCGUGGACUCCGCCAGCUGCCAUGUGCUGUUGGACGCACCGGGCUCGUACGCCCUGGUGGGGGAACCGCUGAGCCAGGCUGCUGUCAAGAGGCUGAAGCUGGCUGUGUUCGGAGCACUGGAGGGUCCCCUGAGCUACGGCAUCAGGGUCUACUGUGUGGACGACACACCACACGCCUUUCAGGGAGUGGUGUGGGCCGAGCGCAGCAGAGGGGGGCAGCUGCUGGAAGAGCCCCAGACCCUUCCCUUCAGAGCCAGCUCCUCCAGCCUGCAGGUGUCCAUCCAAGACGUCCCACAGUUCCUCUGGAGCAUCAAGCCCUUUACCACAUGUCAGGAAUUCUCCUUCUCCCAAGUGUGGUGCAGUCACCAGGCACCCCUGCACUGUGCCUUCUCCUUGGAGAGAUUCAGCCCGGCCACCGCACAGCUAUCCUGCAAACUCAGUGUCAGACAGCUCCACGGCCACGAGACAAUCCUGCAGGUGUACACUGCUGUGGCAGAGUGUGAGAAAGAGCCGCUGCCGUUCUUCACACAGUCAGACUGCACAGUGACGACGCAGAGCGGCCCCCGAGCCUUCAGAAUCCCCCCCUCCAUCCACCACAGGAUCUGCGCUACCUUCGACACUGCCAACGCCAAGGGUAACGACUGGCAACUCCUGGCCCACAAGCUGCACCUGGAGAGAAACCUGGGUUACUUCGCUAAACAGCAGUCCCCGUCGGCAGUCAUCCUCAGUCUAUGGGAGGCUUGGCACCAGGACAACGCAGACUUGGACUCUCUCGCCAGCGCUCUGGAAGAAAUCGGAAAGAUCCACUCCACCAAAACCAUCAGCACGGACCACCGUGAAGACGCAUCGGACUUUAACCACAUAGAGAGCGGGAGUUUGCGACGAAUAGCCCAGCUGGACGCCCUCAAAACGGAAGAGCAGACGACGGAGUACGCUGGACAGGACUGA